AUGUCCGAUUCUUCCUCGGCACGCCCAGCUGGCGCUUCUCGCUCGUCUUCCUCUGCCAUACCGCACAACGCCAAUAACGACACCAACAACGCCACCACCGUCACUUCAAACUGGGGUCGUGGCACCCCCGCUGCCUCGUCGCACCAGAGUUCCAAAAAGAAACCCACUGCUUCUCGCUCUAGAGCAGCGGCUGCAUCUGCUUCAAAACCAGCAAAGGACACACAGGGCGCCAACGCAGCCAGCACAGCCAGCACAGCCAGCACAGCCAGCAUCCCUGCCUCAUCAUCCAAAUCCACAACUUUGAUACCGCCCUCUUCCACUUUCAGAUCAGGUACACCCGCCAAGCCGACCAAGUUUCUUCCAACACAGCCGCUCCCUUACCACUCGCUCCAAAACCUCAAAGACUACUACCACGGCCUCAUCGAGAGCGGUCUCGUCAAAAAGGCUUGGCUCGACAACCCCAAGAAUGCCAUUCAGAACUAUGUUCUUCACCGCACCGGUACCUAUCCUGUCUACACGGUCGAAGAAGGGCAGGUCCAAGGUCGAAGAGAUACCAACUUUCGCUGCACGCUUUACUUUGAUCCUGAGUACGACUGGCACGUCUACGCCGAUGCAAAGUCUGCAAAGGAUUCCGAACGGCUAGCUGCUCUUCAUGCCGUCCUCUUUCUUCAAAAUAGCGGCGACAUUCUCACAAAAACGCCCACCGCCUCGGCACCCGCUCCAAUCGUUCCUCAGCAACACGGUCCACUCAUCAAACUCAGCGAUGGGUCCGAACUCACCGUUCAGCGUGCUCGCGAGUUUAUCGACUUUUACUGCAAGCGCUUCAACCUUGGCAAACCCGACAUCCGCCAGUCUACAGCUAAACCCGCCAAGCACGCCAAACCAAAGCGUGGUGGUGCUCGCAAAUCGUCGUCUUCCACCACCCCUCACCAGUCGUAUGCCUCCAUGUAUAUUGCUGGCAACGAGAUUGGCGCCGCCGUCGGAAAGAACAAGAAGCAGGCCGUUGCCAAUUGCUACCUCGAAUCCGUCUCCUACAUCGAGUCCACCGACCCUUCGCUUUGGAAAACCUUUUCACUCCUCCACAAACCUGGCAUGUCGAUCCUCAAGGCGCCUCACGUCACUUUUAGCAUGAGCGAAGAGCUCGACGACUCGGUUCAGAACAUUUACGACACCAUGAUCCGCAGCAAGAUCUACGCAAAGCGUCCUCGCACCGUCGGUGCCAACAUCCCAGGCCAAGAUCCUAACGCUACCUCGAACGACGUCAACGACCAACUUGAAAAGCAGCGUCAGAUGCGUCAGCAGCGCGCACGUCGCUUCCAUCAGCACUUUGGCGCCACCGAGGAGUCGCUUCAACGUAAAAGCGAACAGCUCCAACUCUCGCUUGCCAACUACUACUCGAGCGACGCUUUGGCCAGCAUGCGCUCGCAGCGCCUCAGUCUACCUGUCUCGCAAAAGCAAUCCGACGUCCUCGUCAAGGUGGAGCUCAACCAAGUCACCAUCUGCAUGGCCGCAACCGGUUCAGGUAAGACGACCCAGAUUCCACAGAUUCUCUUUGACGACUACAUCCUCCAAGGCAAAGGUGCCAAAUGCAAUAUUGUCUGUACCCAGCCAAGAAGGAUUGCCGCCAUCAGCGUUGCAGAACGUGUCGCCAAAGAGAGAGGCGAAAAGCUCGGUCAGACCGUCGGUUAUCAGGUCCGCUUCGAGGCCAAGCCGCCCCAACCCGACGGUUCCAUCACCUUUUGUACCACCGGUGUCUUUUUGAGACGCCUUCAGUCGGCGCUCGGCGAUGCAGAGUCGUCCAACACUUUUCUUGACUCGAUCACCCACGUCGUCAUUGAUGAGGUACACGAACGCGACGUCGAGACCGAUCUCCUCCUCGUCGUCAUCAAGCGUCUCUUGGCCGAACGUCGCAGGCUGGGCAAGAACGAGAUCAGGGUGGUGCUCAUGAGUGCCACCAUCAACCCCACCCUCUUUCAAUCCUACUUUGCCGACGCCCUAGGCAAUCCUGCUCCGGUUGUCGAGAUCCCCGGUCGAAGCUACCCGGUCGAAAAGCAUUACUUGGAAGAGACGGUACGCAAGCUCGAAUCGCUUCGUCUCACCCCACAGAUGGGUGGCUGGGUGUGGGGCGAGAAGAACGUUCGCGACUAUAUCGAGCGUGAAAUUUAUCAACGAGGUGGUUCCGUCUCGCGCAGCAUCAGCAGCAACAAUGCAAGGGGCGGCCCAAGUGGUGGAUAUGAGAAUCAUGCCAUCACCAGCACCAGCACCAACGAGCGUGUCGAUGCCAUGGCCGACCAAGUCGAUGAUCUCGAGAUCCCAUAUGCGCUUGUAGCUCUCAUCAUUGCCUAUGUGCUGUCCAUCAGCGAUGACGGCCAUGUGCUUGUCUUCUUGCCCGGUUGGGAAGAGAUCAAGGCGGUCAAUCUGAUUCUUACCGAUACUCAAUACCAUCCGCUCCUCCGCACCGACUUUAACGAUCGCGACCAGUACGAGAUCCACAUUCUUCACUCAACGGUCCCCGUUCAGGACCAGCAGGCCGUGUUCGAGCGCGUACGUCACAACGGCAUUCGGCGUGUGAUUCUGGCUACCAACAUUGCGGAAACCUCGAUCACGAUCCCCGAUGUGGUCUACGUCGUCGACACGGGCCGUGUCAAGGAGAAACGCUUCGACCCGGAACGCCACCUUUCCAGUCUCGUCUCGGCGUGGGUGGGCACAUCGAAUUUGAACCAGCGUGCCGGUCGUGCCGGUCGUCAUCGACCAGGAGAGUACUUUGGUGUGCUCAGCAAGGCUCGUUACGACCGUCUCAAGGUGAAUCAGACGGUCGAGAUGAAGCGAACCGAUCUGAGCAACGUCGUUAUGCACAUCAAGGCGCUCGACAUUCCCGGCAUGGAAGUCGAAGACGUGCUUGCAUCGGCCAUCGAACCGCCUGCGCCCGAGCGUGUGCUGGCGGCCAUGGAAAAGCUCAAGAUGGUGGGCGCGCUCGACAUGCACAAGAAUCUCACCUCUCUCGGGCGCGUGCUUCUGCAGUUGCCUGUGGAUGCACCGAUUGGCAAGAUGUGUCUCUACGGCGCGUUUUUCCGAUGUCUCGAUCCGGUGCUUUCGUUGGCAGCCAUCUUGACGAGCAGAGAUCCGUUCAUGGCGCCCAUGCACUUGAGAGAAGAGGCCGAGAUGGUCAAGGACCGAUGGUGUCCGCCCGACUUUCGAUCGGAUGCGCUGUGCGUCCUGCGCGCCUACACGCGCUGGUGGGAGCUGCAGUCGCGAGACGACUAUGUAGAAGCCAACCGUUUCUGCCAAGACAACUUUCUGAGUAAGCUCACGCUGCUCCAGAUCCAGCAGGUCAAAGAGCACCUCUUUCAAUCCAUGAAGAAGGCCGGGAUCAUCUCGGUGAUUCAGAACUCGUCGCUGGGAACCAACGCGAAUGGCAACGUGGUCAACUACCAGUCGCGCUACCGUCGACCACGCGAAACCGAUGCGGAAUUCAACACCAACGCCCAUGUCACCUCGCUGCUGGCGGCUCUUAUCGCCGUCUCUUCUCCACCGAACUUUGCCAUCCGAAACGGCAAGGCGAGCUACCGCACUUCGCAGGACAAGUCAUGUCUGAUGCAUGCGUCGUCGAUCUGUCACACCAAGUUCACCAAGCACAAGGCGUGGGAUGCGGACAACAUGGGCGAAAAGCAAAUCUUUGCCUUUAGCGAGAAAAUUCGCAACGUAUCUGGCAGUGCAGGCAACAACGCCUGCACCAUGCUCAAGGGAUGUACGCGCUUGGAUGCGCUCACGUUUAUGCUGUUCGGGGCGACCGAGGUGCGCGUCUUGGGCGAAGGUGUCGAGUGCGAUUUCUGGCUGCCGAUCACGGGCAACACCGAGUCGCUGGAUAAUCUGGAAAAGCUGAGAUCAAUCAUGGACGUCGUCAUGCUGCGCGUGUUUGAGGGGAUCGGUCAGGCGGGCAAGGGUCGAACUAGGAAAAAAGCGGAGCAAGACGAAACGGAGAACGAGAACGAGAACGAGGUGGGAGAGGAGGAUGAAGAUGACGACGAGUGGGGGGAUCGGAGUGAUCUUUCGCUUUCGGCUCAGGAGAUCGGUGAAUUUGAAUACAUGAGUCAAGGCAUCGUGCAUGUCCUGGAUGGAUAUGCACAGGAACGGGGAUGGGACUCGGGCAGUCGUGGACCGACACGUCCGGCGAGUCCGGCAUCGUUGGGUCUCGGCGCGCUCAGCUUGCAAGAGGCUUCGGCAGCCAGAGCUUCGACAGUGGGUUUCGGUGCAGGAGUGUAUGGUGCGGGAGGUAGUCGAGCAGGCUCGUCAACCAAUUUGAACUCGAGCGCGCCCAUGAGCGCGGCGACGAGCAACGGUGGGAGUCGAUGGAACAGUCGAUCGCAAACUCCAGAUGUGCAGCACCAACACUCGAUGCAUCGGACUGCUGCGCCGAGCAGUGCUGCUAGCACACUGACCAACGCGGCUCCCACUUCAAACAGCAGCACGCAAACCAAAUCGACGAGCUCAACCACACACACAAGUGCUGUGGCGUCCCAACCCGAUGUCGAGCCGCUCAAGUCGCGCCAGUCCGGAAAUCGCCAAGGCUCGAGCCGCAGCUCGAGAUCCACAACGGGUCGUGCAGGUCGACAAGCUUCAGUCAAACCUGCACGCCAACACCCUGCACUUGCCUCGACAAACAACAACGCCACCGGCUCAAGUUGA